AUGACACUCCCCGGUGGCCCGACGGGCAUGGCGCAGCCGGGGGACCCCGGGCAUGGCAGCCCAGCGCUAGCUCGGGCCCCGAGGCGGAGCGUCGGGGAGCUGCGCCUGCUCUUCGAGGCUCGGUGUGCCGCGGCCGCGGCGGCUGCAGCAGCCGGGGGCCCUCGGGCUCCCCGGGGUAAGCGGCGCGGAGGACGGGUCCCUAACGGGCUGUCGCAUCCGGCCCCGGCCCCGGCCCCGAUCCCGACCCCGGCCCGGGCCCCGGCCCCGGUGGUGAUCCCGCAGCUGACCGUGACCGCAGAGGAGCCGGAUGGGGCUCUGUCGAGCCCCGGGCCGCCGGAGCCAGAGGGAGGCUGGCUCAAGACCGCGGGCUCCACGCACCUGCAGCAGCCCCGCCGCCUCUCCACCUCGUCGGUCUCCUCCACCGGCUCCUCGUCGCUGCCCGAGGACUCCGAGGACGAUCUGCUGAGCGACAGCGAGAGCCGGAGCCGCGGCAACGUGCAGCUGGAGCAGAGCGAAGAAGUGGUCCAGAGAAAUCCCUGGCAGAAGAUCCGAACCAUGGUGAACCUGCCGGUUAUCAGCCCUUUCAAAAAGCGCUACGCCUGGGUGCAGCUGGCGGGUCACACGGGAAGUUUCAAGGCUGCAGGAACAAAUGGGAUGAUCCUGAAGCGCUGUUCAGAGCCCGAGCGCAGCUGCUUAGCGCGUCUGAUGGGCGACGCGCUUCGAGGCUGCGUGCCCACGUUCCACGGCGUGGUGGAGCGCGACGGCGAAAGCUACCUGCAGCUUCAGGACCUGCUGGCCGGCUUCGACGGGCCCUGCGUGCUUGACUGCAAGAUGGGUGUCAGGACUUACCUGGAAGAAGAGCUUACCAAGGCGCGAGAGCGGCCCAAGCUUCGCAAGGAUAUGUACAAGAAGAUGGUGGCUGUGGACCCCUCCGCGCCGACCGAUGAAGAGCACGCGCAGCGCGCUGUUACCAAGCCACGCUACAUGCAGUGGCGGGAGGGAAUCAGCUCCAGCACCACGCUGGGCUUUCGCAUCGAGGGCAUCAAGAAAGCCGAUGGGUCCUGCAGCACCGACUUCAAGACGACCCGAAGCCGGGAGCAGGUAGUUCGGGUAUUCGCCGAGUUUGUAGAAGACGAUGCCGAAGUGUUGAGGAAAUAUCUGAACCGACUGCAACAGAUCAGAGACACCCUAAGCGUGUCUGAGUUCUUCCGGAGACAUGAGGUAAUCGGCAGCUCCCUUCUCUUCGUGCACGACCACAGCCGUCGCACAGGUGUGUGGCUCAUUGACUUCGGCAAGACCACUCAGCUGCCUGAUGGGCAGACCCUGGACCACAGGCGGCCCUGGGAAGAAGGCAACAGAGAGGAUGGAUACCUACUGGGGCUGGACAAUCUCAUCAGCAUCCUGGCGAGCUUGGCUGAGAGAUGAGGUUGAUCCCUUCCCCACCCCAGAGUUCUUUGGGCCACCAUCGGAUACACCUUCCGGCUGCUGCUGCCCGCUGGUCUUGCAUGCACAGGACUUAUGGAAUCCAGGCUUGCAAUCCCAAGGAUUCCAAGACAGAGACUGCAGUACUCCUGGCCUCCACUGGGAGGGGGGGCCCUGCAGAUUGACUGACGGCUAGGAGUGUACAUAUGCCAGAGCUCCGGCCCUCCUAAAGAGGAAUGACACUAAUUGAGAGGAAGGAGCAACAGCUUCUUUUUUCCUCCUUCCCCUUGCCCAUCCCUGGGAGAGAGGGACUGCUGCCAAGCCCUUUGGGUAUGGGGAGGGGGGAGGAAGGGAGCUGAUUUGGGAGUUUUAUUUCAUAACUGACCUGUAUGGUCCAGCCUUUCAACACUAGGGAGGAGGGGUGGGUGCCUCUCUCCUUCCCUUCCCUCUCCAAUAAAACUCAUUGAUGCAGGGUACUGUGUCUCCUUGCCCCAUUUCCCUCCUAUAGAAUCCAACAAUUUAGGCUUUGAAAGGAACCUUGGCCAUUAUCAAGGCCUGACCUCACCAGUGUGUUGUGAAAUACAAAGACUAAUGGUGGUGGAGACAUCUGGUCCAUUCCUGUCUCAGACACUUGUUAGCUGUGUGACCCUGAGCAAGUUGCUUAACAUCUCUGGGCCUCAGUUUCCUCAUCUGUAAACUGAGGAAGGGAGCUCUGAGGUUCCAUCCAACAUAAUCUAUAAUCCUAUUGCCCCUUUGUCUCCCAGCCAGCAGUAUUAUCUGUCCAAGCCCAGAAGCAAGGGUGAAACCUUGGAAGGAAGAAAAGGAGGGUGAGGUCUAAAGUCAGCCUGAAGCAGCCAGAUGGGGACAGAAAUUGUAGAGCCAGCUGUGC